AUGUUUGAUCCGUUGGAUUUUCUUUCGGGCUCUGAAAAGCCUUCUGCCUGUGCUGGGAACCAGAUGAGAAGCAUCUCAUCGGAUACUUUAGUUACAGUAAUUCAACCGCAAGAAAGCGCGUACAAUGACAGGGAUUUAGAAGAAGAGGUGGACGCACCUAUUGGAGUUAUAGAUUUACCGCAUGUUGCGAUUGCUCCUCCAAGCGUUGUAUUAACAGCUCUGCUUCUUCUGAGGCCGUCGAUAAAUGUUAACUUUAGUGAGCGUGAUGAUACCAUAGAUCGAAGCGUUGAAUCUGUUUGCCGCGAAAAGGACAUCACGGUCUCACAAAUAGAGGCGUUCGCGAGCUGGUGUUCUGGUUUCGGCAUGAGCGUCCUCGAUACGCCGGCAAAAAUUUGUGCCCGGGUACCAGGACUAGCUUCGACUGCUGAUGGAAAGGACCUUUUGAUGUACUAUACAAUGGUGCUGUCUAAGUACGAAAAAAUGCAAACUGCAGACCAAGUCAAUGAGCGCAUUUUGAAGGAAGCUAGCAUGAGGAUUUCCGAAAAGUGCGGUCGCACCGCGCAACCCGCUAUGAACCGGAUUUUUAAAAUAGGUGGGCUGCGAACUGGCGUUAAGCUCCAUGAACCUGCCUUAACCUCUGACAAUCUUGGUUUAAAAACGUGGGGUGCUUCUUUGGUGCUGGCUCGAAAGCUUUGCGAAAACUUCUCCAAGUUUGAGCGGCAAAGGGAUCUCCGCAUUCUUGAACUUGGCGCGGGAACGGGACUUGUAGGAAUUUCUUUGGUACUCAAAAUGCUUGAGAGUAACAGCGGUCACAACUGUUCAAUGCAUUUAACAGAUCUGCCCGAGAUUGUCACAAAUUUGAAAGAGAAUGUUAAAAUUAAUUGCUGUAAUUCGAGAUCCGACUUGAAAGUAUAUGCAGACGUCUUGGACUGGACAAACCCCGACUCUUUUGAAAAAACGUAUGGGGCGCACAAAUUUGACGUUUUAUUGAUUGCAGAUCCGGUGUAUUCGCCACAACACCCUCAAUGGAUUGUGGACAUGAUCUCAAAAUUUCUCAGCCCUCGAGGCGUUCUUUAUCUUGAAGUUCCAAUCCGCCAAAAAUAUCAUGACGAAAGGCAGCACCUUUGGGGUUUAAUAAGAGACGCCAGCUUACAGGUGAUAAAAGAAGAAUUAGACGAAGGCGUUGAUGAUUGGGGCAAAGUUUCCUACCUUUAUAAAAAGAUCGUUCCGGUAAACGCAAACCAGUCCGAUUGA